AGGUUUGUUACAUGAAAAUAACAAAAAAUAAUGAAUUUUCGAAGUAUACUUCAUCAUAACACGUGGUAUGUAAAAGUUGUAGGAACGAGUCCAAUCAAUCUCUGUGAGCAUAUUUUAUUAAUUCGGAUAUUCACGGAAACAAAGUGUAUGUAAAAAUGAAAUUUACCACGUAAAACUUGUAUAUAAGGAUAAUGGACCUGCAGAUUUUUGCGAUUCUUCGCCUUUUAUUUCUCAUAAGUAUCGGGUCGGCUCAAGAUGUCUCAGAUCAUGACGGUUUGACUACCUCAAAGAUACUGACCAGUCAAGCGAUUAACACUUCUGAUGUUCUGGUAAAUGAGUUCUCCGACACAUACAAUAACUUGUCUAAUACAGACAAUUCAACAAGCAAUCCAAACAAUGGAUUAACCACAGUUAGUUUAACGUCAAGGCAAAACAUCAGUACUAGUGUUACUAAGUUACCAAACAUUACAAAAACAAAUAGUAUAAUGGAAAAUGCAACCGAUGAAUUAUCCGUACCAGUCACAGUAAAUGCUAGUUCUACAGAAACCUUUGGCAUGAGAAAAGUUGAUAUAGGUAUGAAUAAAAGUAUUCCAAGCAUAGAGCAGCUUAAUAUCAAUAUUAUGAGAACAAAUGCAACCAAAUUCAACCAGAGUACAGCAACGGAGGAUCCUGGUAAUAUUUCAACUAUUAAAGCAUUCAAAAAUCAAAGUAGUAACGGUAAUAUUUCCAAUGAUUUAAUUAGUUCUAUGGCCGAUGGAACUGGUAAUGGUGUAACUAAGUUGAUAAUAACCGAUGAAAAAGACUUUGUAAAUUCAAGUUUCAAAGUCAAUAAAGUAACGAAUACAGAGCAAGCAAGACCUGCUGGUUCGUCUAUUCCAAAUGAAGUGUCAGUAAGUGGACCUGGGUCAACUGAACCCGAUCAGAGCAUACAAAAUACAAGUGAUGCUGCAAACGUGUCAGAGAAUGGGGAUACCAGAAUAGAGGCAAAUAUGAUAGCCACAAACACUUCUGCAGAUGGCGCAAGCACGCUUCCUAAAAUUAUAUGGGAGCCAGGCAUGAAACAACCCCAAACGAUCUCCGACUUAAUUAGAAUGACUGGCGCUGAUAUCAAAUUCAUUGCUAGCCAGUUCGAAAGUAACAUAAACGAAAUUGGAAAUACUGUAAAUACUUCAGACGUGGAUAGAAAUAAAACUGUUCUUAAUGUUUCAGACAAUACUGGUAUACGAAAAAAUAAUAUCAAUAGAAAAGGAAAAGACAGUCUUCUAAAAAGAGGUGAUAAAUUGACAAACACAACUGUCACAGAAAAAUUCGAGAUAACUGGUAGUAAAGUGGAAACUAUAUCAACAGAUAUAAAAGAAAUUACGCCGAGUACUACUGCAGACAUUGUUCAAGACGGCGGAGAAACACAUCAGCUUGCGUCUAUAAAUGAUGUCAAAGCAAAAUCUGUGUCCGCACCGACUAUUAUUCAUGGAAUAGAUAUUUCAGCAAAAUCCAAUGAUGGCAAAGUGAUAAACAUAUCUCCAAGCGUUGCCAAGACAGCAGAUGGUUCUGUUCCAAAAGGGAAGUUUAAUACACGACAAUCAAUACAAACCAUUGUAGUAGUAAAACGACCUGGCAACGUUUCCCCCCAAAGGCUUGACAUUGUUUCGCAUUUAGAAAGUAGAGAUGAAACUUCCCGCGAUGAUUCGGACCUAUCUUAUGAUGAAUUUCGAAGAGACGGAGAAUUGCGAACACCUAGCACAAGACAGGGAAGCAUACCAAUAACUUCUGUUAGUCAAGUUGAUACUGCUUCAGGACACAUAGUUUCAUUUGGAAACAACCCUCAGUAUACAAUCGGGUCUGCGUCUGGAAAUUCUGUUCAAAUACCUCGAUUUAUAUCUGGAAACCGCUUUCCCGUUAUGGAACCUGCAGAGAGAAUGAACCAACGCCUUUUCCAUGGAAGACCUUCGAGACCAAGCAUAUCAGGCAUAUCUUCCGGAAUGGACCGCACUGUCUCAGGAGGAAGAUUUACCACAGGGACGAUAACAUCUCCAUUUUUGAGAGAUGCCUCAAGAUUUGAAACAAGAGGUAUGUCAUCAUCUUUGCCGACUGAAUCGUCAAGUGAGUUCAUAAGAUCCGACAUUGUCAGAACUAGUAUGCCAAUACAAAGCGACUUCGGCAGCGGUAGUGCGAGAAAUAGUAUAACUGGAGGUCAAGUUUUCGAUGGAAGAAUGGCUAUGGGUGAUAGUUCAAGUGGCACUCUGCCAGUACAUAACGGUUUUCGUUCGGCAUCGAGCGUUACAUCCUUUGACGUUACACCUUUUGUUAGAGGUAUCGACAACCGUGCAAGAAUAAGUGGUAGUGUUAGAGGUACUUCAGCAAUGCCGUCUGGUUUAGGUGGCAUGAUUCCAAGAGAAAUCAGACAAAGAGCUGAUACUGUAACACGUAAUGAUAUUUCGGGUGAAUUUUCAAGACAACAGAGUUUCGGUGAAGGUAUUUCGAAUAUAGGUUUCGGUAGUUCCGUAAUAAGGCCAAGACAAAUAGAAAGGAGCAUAGGUUUCAGACGCGAAUUUCCACAACCUCGAGACUCGAAUGACAGACUUUUUCCUAGAGCAGUAAGCUUUGGAAGAUCAAUAUCUAGAGACGGUCCAGGUUUUAGAGUUCCAAUUAGAGGCAGCACAUUUACAGCAGGUGCGUUUGGAAGAAGCCGUUUGUCCACCGACAUUACUGGAAUCAGAACACCGAUGUUUCCCGUCAGCGGGGUAAUAGACAGACGAAUUCGCCCAACUGGUAUAUUUACAUAUCGACCUUCAGACAUGUUUGCACCUUCUCCUUAUAUACGGCCUUUUUAAAACACAUGUUUCAGAAACAUUUUACCGUCGUGUCUUUCAUCUAUGAAAGUCCGCUUCUGAUCCUAGUGAACAGAGAUACAACUCAAUAGACUACCUUUUUUUUUUUUUUAUUAUUUUUUUUUU